GAUAACUGUGCCAUGUGUAGUAUCUCAUUGUUAUUAUUUUUUACUCUGUAUUUAUUUCCACAAAACAAGUAAUCAAAUAAUGACAUUCAUGAAAAAUUGUUAAUUUAAUAAUUGUUGAUUACUUUUUUUAUUUAUCAUAAGCCAUAAAUAUGUUUCGGCAAUUGUGUAAAUUGUGCCAAGUAGCAGAAGUUAGUGGAAUUCAUAACCUUCGAAAAUAUUCUUUGUCAGCAAUAUGGAGACAAAAUUCAAUACUUAUGUAUCCAGAACUUGAUGAUGAUGACAAUGAUACUCAAGAAGUAAAUAAAACUGAUUCUGUCAAACCAAUAAUACAAUGUAGAAAAAAGAUAUUUAAUUUUUAUCCUGGUAAAGUGUAUAAAAAAUUUGAAGACAUCCCAAUAGCAUCUGGGAGUUGGCAUAAUAUUAAAUCUAAAGGGGAUUAUUUUACAAUUUUUCCUGUACUUGAGGAAGAUGAUGAAAAAUGUGAACACAAUUCGUUUAGUGAUUUAGGUAUUGAUAAACGCUUAAUUGAAAAUCUUAAAGCAGUCGGCAUUGAGGAUCCGACAGUGAUACAAAAACGUGGAAUAUCUGAAAUAUUAGAUGGACAAAAUAUAUUUAUAACUGGUGAAACAGGAUGUGGAAAAACAUUGACGUUCUUACUUCCUAUAAUGACUCAAAUAUUAAAAUGGAAAAAACAGAUCCAAGAUAGACCGGCUAAUUCUCCUUUGGCUUUGAUUCUUUCUCCCAGCAAAGAAUUAGCACAUCAAAUUGGAACUGAAGCAAAAAAACUGGCCAUGGGCUUAGAUAUCAGUGUCAAAGCAAUAAGUGGAGGUAAAACUAAAAGGAUGAUGCGAAAUCCAUCAGUGAAAGAUGUUGACAUUUUAGUCGGUACAGUUGGAGUUGUAAGUAAAUUAACAACUGCGAGGCUUUACAAAUUAGACUACGUGCGCCAUGUAGUUUUGGAUGAAGCUCAUGCACUUUUUGACGAGACUUUUGAUGAUAAAUUGGGAUAUUUUCUUCGAAGAAUCAAAUUUGGAUAUGAACAAAUUAACGAUAACCUUCCGGAAAGUAGUCAACUAACAUUAUCUUCAGCUACUUUUCCUACAGAAAUGCCCGAAUAUUUAAGUAAAUGUAUUAAUACGGAUUCUAUUGUACAAAUCUCGACGGCUAAUACGCAUAAAGUUCUGGUGCCUCAAAAGUUUAUGCGACUUGGAUCAACACAGAAGCCACCAAUGCUUCUGAAAUUAGUAAAACCACGUGCGCUAAGACGAGAACCAACAUUGAUAUUCAGUAAUGAUAGCGCAACGUGUGACUGGAUUUCCAUAUUUUUGAAUCAGAUGAAUAUAAAAACAUUUAAUUUACAUGGCUCGAUUCCAGCGUUGGUACGAAACGGCAAGUACAGGGCAUUUAAAAAUGGUGAAGUUAAUAUAUUAUCGGCGACAAAUGCUGGAGCUAGAGGUUUAGAUACUACUAUGGUCGACUGUAUUAUUAAUUUUGAUUUUCCGCUAAGUACUAUUGAAUAUAUACACAGAUGUGGAAGAACCGGAAGAGUUGGUGGAAAACCAAAUGGCAGAGUUAUCAAUUUUAUAAGUAGACCACUUGAAAUAGAAAUGACGAAAAAAAUAGAGCGAAUAACAAGACGCAUGAAACCACUGCCGAUGUUCGAUCUUUCAGAACAACGUGAGAAACAUGAAAUGGAUAGUGAAGUUAGAGAUCUCAUAAAUUCACAUAAAUAAUUUUUUAUUUUGUAAAUAACAAAACAACAAUAAUUUUUUAUUAUAAUGAUGAUGAUAAAAAAUAAAAAAUUUAAAAAAACAGGAAAAGAAGGAAAGUAUAUACUCGAUUGAAUUUAUUGCUCUGAAACAAAGAAAAAUAUUUUUGGCAAAAGGAAAUAGGGAGUGUACCUACUACCACCCAUCCGCUCGUUCAUUCACUGAAUCUACAUACCAUUACAUCCGGUUUAAACACAUGCCAUACUAUACGCACUAUCAACCGGUCAACUGAGUUUGUUUUUAUUUUUUCCCUCCGAUACAUAAAAUAAAAUUAAAAAAAAAAAACUGUAUUAAAAUAAACCUACUCUUUUACGCGCAUCCUAUUCUUCUUUUAUUCAUUACAUCCAUUUAUUAUUUAUGAAUUCCAAAUAAAUUCAACGAUAAAAUCUCGAAAGUUUAUAUUUUUUUUUUUUUACAUUGUAAAUCUCAUUAUUUAAGAAUCGUCUAUUCCAAUAUUCAGCAACUUAUCCACCUCCGUCUUAUUCAAAUGCAGAUCAUCAUCAUCAUCACCACCAUCAUGAUUAUGAUUAUGAUUAUGACUAUGACUAUGAUUGUGAUUAUGAUUAUGAUGGUGUAAUUAGCGUGGGUACUACCGUAACAUGUAGGACAGGGGCAUCAUUCUCCCGUACUCGUAUUGCUCAAAAAAGAAAAUAACAAAAUAAGUGAAGCUAAAAAUGGCUAUUAGAGUACCAGAAAAUUCAUGUGAUGUUAGUAUAUACAUGAUACGUUGUUGAGGUAUUUAUACGACAGGCGUGUGAAAAUGAAGUAAAGAAAGAAAAAAAAACGGUUUUAUUAAAAAGAGAGAGGAAUGAGUCACAGGGUUCGGAAAUGCCUGGAAUUGCUGACCAAUCUUCAGAGCAAAUACAUUAUAUUAUAUGGAAUGGGAGUUUCUCUGAAUAAUAGAAAACCUAGUAAUGUGAUUUACUGUGCGAUAACUCCUUGUAAAAUAUAUUUAUACAUACAUAUAUUAUAAUGUACAUAUAUCCGACGGUGUGGUCUAAGAUAUAAAGGGGGAUUAAGAAUAAUAUAAUAAUAGAAGAGCGUAAAAAGUUAGAUGGAUUUGGAGGGGACAAGACCUUCAUAUCACCGCAGUGACUUGUUACUGUCUUACAUUUUAUAUAUAUAUAUUUAUAUUUACAUUCAUAUAUUAUUCUCUAUGCUUUGCUAUAUACUAAUAAUAAUUAUUAUUGCCCUUUACUUGUUAUAAUAUAAAUACAAUGUAUAUAAAUAUGUCUCUGUCUUAACAGAGGUUUUAUCCUAUACUCCUUCUCCCGGGAUGUAAUGGGAUGGAGUAUUUUUUACUCCAACUAGCAUAGUCACAGUAUUAUAUCGUCAUCAUCGUCACCGUGUAAAAAAGAUUACACACUUCAUACUAUACCGUCAACUGUGAGUAGAUAUAGAGUCUAAAGCGUAUAUGUAGUGAACUAGCAUCAACCGUAAACAUCAACAGCUCACAUCAGAGCCGAUCCAUCCUCUACUCAUCCUCAGAAGCCUUAUCUUCACGUUCACGUAGUACAUAGCACUAAUACAACAACAUCGGGCGUCGCCAUCGCAAUCGUUUGGCAUCAACUCACCGGUCUCUCGUCUCUUUCACCCCCGCUGGUAUCGCCAUCUCCACCGCCAUCACCAACACCAACUUUUGAACAUCGGUUUGUGUCGAGCUCAGUUGCACUCGUGUAGUGAGCGCUCUGAGGUGCGUGCCGUCACGACGCGAACAAAUAUUUUCUUCUUCUUUCAUUUCACUUAUAUUAUAUUUUACCUUCCUACGCAUUUAAUAACAGUGCCUAAUAUUAUGUGAUUGUGGAUUUUUUCUGUGCGCUUACUUACUAAUACACUCCAAAAUAUAGUAAUACAUUUCUUCGCAUUCAUUGUAAUUGUAACACAGCUGCCUUUACUACCACCAGUGUCAGUAUAUAAUACCUAUACCUAAAUGU